AUGUACAUUAUGUUGUGCAUCUACAAUAUCAUACACACAGGUAUGAAACCGGCCACACAGUUUUUACGAGAUUCUGAAAUUCGUUUAACACAACGUGGGUUUAUUCAAGUGGACGGACAUAUGACAACUAAGGUUCCUAAUGUUUAUGCUAUUGGUGAUGUCACAAUGUUUCCACUUGCUAUUAGAGGUGGCGAAAUGGUGAAUAUACAACAUUGGCAAAUGGCGCAAGCACAUGGUCGUAUCGCUGCAUUAGAUAUAAUACGUUCAUUGUCAUACAUAGUAGGAAGCUCGCAGACCCCGCCCCCUGUAGCUAUCGUUCCAUUCUUUUGGACGGUUCAAUAUGGCAGAAGUUUAAGGUUCGCUGGGUGUGCUAGCGGUCAUGAUGAUGUCAUAAUACAAGGAGAUUUGGAUGAAUUAAAGUUUGCGGCUUAUUAUGUGAAGAAUGAUGUCAUUGUUGGCAUGGCAACAAUGUCAAUGGAUCCGUUAGUUGCAGAGUUUGCAAACAAAUUAUCAAAGGGUGAUGUCGUAUUGAAACAAGACGUCCAACAUUAAAGUCAUUUCAUGUUCGUUAUCGCAGCUGCUGUUGUUGCUCGUGCAAGUAACU